CUGGUGAAGCAGAGGCCGAGUAGGACCGAUUUAAUCGGGGGAAGGGGAUAUUUAAUUUGGAUAUAACGGGCGGUAUUGCACGCAAUCGGACGUGUGCGGUUCGCGUUGUCUUGCUGGAGUUUUGGUUCGGUGUUGCGGUUGUUGGCGUGAUGUGGUCUCUUGAAGGCGACGAUAUGGGGUGACGGUGGUGGCCCAGCGAGACUGCGAAUGGCUGCGAAUGGCUGUGAAUGGUUCGAUGGAGGCUAUGGGUGGUGUUUUUGGUGUCCUCGCGGCCAAUUCCGAUCGCCAAGCUCAACCGAUUCUGACCAGAUCUCAGCCGAUGCGAAGCCUGCCGUGCCUGCUUCGAGAAGCACCUGCUCGGGCUCAGCUGAAUUGGAAAUGGGUUAUGCUUCGUCAGAAGUCCAUUUGUUGCAGGAUACGAUACCGGUUGAUUCCGACUCUGAGGCUCUCGACAUGGUUCCUUCCCCAGGUUUUGGCUCAGCUCGCCUCAGUUGCUUUUGCACGUUGCGUUGUUGCUGGAUGUUGCCCCUGUCCCUUGUACCCAUGGCCAACUCGUGAAAAACUAGGCGACCAUCGACAUGGUACUUCGGUUCUCGUCGGUUUUUACCACCUCAACGCCGUGCAUCUGCGAUUCGCUCACCAAAUCUGCGUCUGGCGAUGGCUUCAACCUGGCAUCAAAUUCAGCCACUGUACUUUCCCUAGCGUGUUUGAUCCCAUUGUCAUGUGGGUCUGUUUCGGACCCGUGACUAUCGGUCAUAUCACAGAUCUCGCACUCAUCUCGCUGUUCACGUCCCUCCCCAGGAUUGGCCAUCAUCCUUCCAAAUGAUGCCAUCGCCAUCCUCUUAUCUGAUAUGCCCCGGGGUUUGGAGUAAAAUGGGGGUCACUCACCUCACCGUGCCCAUGCCUUCGAUUUGAGAGUCGGAGUGUGACGGUUCAUGGCUUUGCUUACAUAUCAAGAACACUACCAUCGCUCAUUGCGUGAUUCGCAAGCAGCUGUCGUCAUGGCCUCUCCCCUCUUGAUGAGGCAUCCGAUCUGCCUCAGCUCGUGUCUUUAAUAGACCAACGUGAUGUCGAGUUCUUCACCAGAACAACGCUCGUCACCUCUUCGAUUAUAUUGCCACGCCGCUCUCCCUUCUGUCCGAGCGAAUUAAGAUGCCAGAAUCUUGCAAACAACUAGCCAGAAACCAGUCGAAAGCCAGUCUCAGGGCUGUCGUGCUCACCCAAGAUGCCUACCGAGUUCAUCAGCUUGACAUUUCCCAAUGCUUCCACGGAGAUCAAUCCGAUCCCGGGUGCCGGCAUUGAUCCUGCUUACCUGGUCCGCUAUGCCCGGACGCUCGAUGACUACGACUUCAACUACACUCUUGUACCCUAUGAUUCUUCCUCCUAUGACCCUUUUACCAUAGGCGCCACUAUUGCCGCCGCCACCAAGAACCUCAAGAUCAUCAUCGCACUGCGUCCAAACACGCUUUAUCCAACCGUCGCUGCGAAAGCACUAGCCACGCUUGACCAGAUUAGUUCAGGUCGAGCCGUUGUACACUUAAUCGCCGGCGGAAGCGAUGCUGAGCAAGCCAAGGAGGGCGACUUCCUACCUAAAGACCAGCGCUAUGCCCGACUCGAGGAGUACAUCCGCAUCCUGCGUCGCGCCUGGCAGUCCGCAGAACUCUUUGACUGGAAUGGCACGUUCUAUCAGUUCAAACAGUUUUCCAACCGCGUUCGUCCCGUCAAUGGUACCGGCAUCCCAAUAUCAGUCGGUGGCUCAUCGGAGGAGGCAUACCGGAUUGGAGGCGCCUUGGCCGACAUCUUUGGCCUCUGGGGCGAGCCUCUGAAAGAGACCAAGGAGCAAAUUGACCGCAUUUACCAAGCAGCUGCUCGAGCCGGCCGCCCCAAUUCAGACCGUCCUCGCAUUUGGGUCACCUUCCGGCCCAUCAUUGCUGAGACAGAUGAACUGGCUUGGCAAAAGGCAUAUCACACACUGGAUGUUUUGAAGGCGAAUCAGGCCCGUGUUUCGGGAGGAGGAAGCCAGGCGUCCGACAGCAAAGCGCAAGUUCGAGACCCCACACCGCAGAACGUGGGCUCUCAACGGUUGCUAGAGAUUGCUUCACGUGGAGAUGUUCAUGACCGUGCGCUCUGGUAUCCCACCGUCACUGCUACCAACGCUCGCGGCGCAUCGACCGCUCUUGUGGGAUCCCCUCAGACUAUUUCUGAUUCGAUCCUUGACUACAUUGAUCUCGGAGCCGAGCUCAUUUCCAUCCGUGGCUAUGACAACUUGAACGAUGCCAUUGACUAUGGACGCUAUGUUCUCCCAAAGGUGCGCAGCGCGUUGCAGAAGCGCAAGAACAAGGGGGUAGAUUCUGCGUAGAGAUAUUGUGGCUUUGCCAACUGUUACCUAUCAGACAGACAGACAAACAUAACGUUAAUGAUAGUCCUUUUCCAUCACUGCGGGGUUUCUCCGUAGUGACAAGAUCUUAUGAAAAUUCCUUGCCCGUCUGUCUGUCGAUGUAACACGACCAAGACUGCGGACGACUGAAGUCAUGCCUUUUGAGGUCAUUCCCAGUCUUGAUUCUUAUCCAGUCGACCAACAUUCAUAUCCCUUACCAGAGUUGCCGUGAUCUUGGACAACUCUAUGCGGGAAAUCUGCUGGCCUGGGCAAGAAUCGUACCCUAGCUUCCACGGUCCGUGGAAAAAGGACGAGUCAACUGGCGGGACAACAUGCUUUAUGGUGUGCGUUGGUAGCGAGGAGGACACUUACCAGCAUGAAAUACGUAUCCAGCUCUCAUGCGUCCUCUUUCAACCACCGAUAAGUUUGGACACUCGCGCAUCGGGGCCCCAAAGUCCCCUGAAAUGAUUCAUCAACCACGGAUUAAUAGACAGAAUGCUGCUCUCUAAAAAGUGCUUACUCCUUAUGCUCAGUCCACCUGGAAGAGCGGGCUGGGGCGGCGUCAUGGAAACAGGUCCAAAGAUAAAGAGAGCUUCUUUGAUGUAAGUUUGGAGAAAAUAAAGCGUUCUUCAAUCUUCUCGCGGGUCUUCUUCCAGGUGUUCAGAUUACGGUUCAUAUAGUAAACGAAUGACUAGAAAGCACAGGAAAUGGUAUUGCUUGCAGCAUUCACUACGUCAGUUGCUGCAGCAUACCUCCAGACAUCCCGCAGCGAUAUAGCCU